UUCUUUUACUUUACAGAGUCGACGAAUGCCUAAAAGUGCUCCAAAUAUAUUGAGAAACAUUACAUAACGUGAUGAUGAUACGUUAAACUGUUAAAAGUCCAGCAGCAGUAGGGAAUACGGAUCAUGCUCCUCGUCCCAAGUUUUAGUUGGUGAGUUUCUUUCGGGAGCAGACCAGAUGCAGAACAAAAUAUUACAGAAGCUCAUCGCUGUACGUAAAUGUCGGAAGAUAAACAUUUUCAACGAACCAAAGUGAAGCCAGUACAGUUAGUCAAUUUCUCUAUUGAGCCAGAUUUAGUCGAAUUCGUCAUGCGAAUACAACGCAAAAGACAUUUUUCAGUGGGUUGGCAGAGAUGUGGGGAGCCGAGAGCUGGCUGGACAUGGCAAUUUUAGACAAUUUUUUGUGAAUUUGUGUAACGUGUAGCAACUUUGUUUGCUGCGUUUUGAAGUGGAAAAUUGUCAACAUCAAGAAAGGAGAACGAUAAUAUCAACUAUCAAGAGACUUUAUUAAAUAGAUAUCAAAUUAAAUGUGAUUCAUCGCGAUUUAAGAUUGACAAUUAUUAAGUUUUAUGAGUGCAAUAUCCCGGAAGAAUUGAUAAAUCAGAGUUGGAGGAGGAGAAGGAAUGAACGAUCGAGCUAUUGAUUUAAUGAAACUUAUGCGGCUUGAAAAGAAGAAGAAGAAGCAGAACUACUGAUUCACACAAAAGGACUGAGGAGCAGAGCUAUUUCAAGAAUUCUGCGAGCUUAUCUCAAACUUUUCUUCGACACUAAUUGUCUUCCUGAGAGGUGCCGGACAAAAAAAGGAGGAGGAAAUUGUGGACUUUUCUACUUUAUCUUGCAUCAUCAUCGCUAGACAGCAUGUCUGAAAUGUCAGGUCCAUCAUCCCUACCCAGCACCCCGCUCCCCACAAUGAGCCAUCCAUUCUUUGAGAGUACGGGAAUGUCGAAUAAUGAUGACUUGGAUAACGUGUGGGGCACCUCCUCACAUCCCUCCCCCGGGUCGAAAAGGUGCCCGACGUUUAAAGAUUACUCGGAAAAAAUUAAACAGCUCCACCAAGAAAAUUUUCAGUUAAGAGUGCGCGUAUUUCUCAGCGAGCAAAAGAGUGGGGUGAAAAAUAGUUCGUCAGAUUUUGCUGUUCUCUUCCAACAAAAUAUGCAACAACUACAGAAUGCUCUCAAUGCCAAUAAUCCAUCACAUUCCAGUAUUCCAGCUACUUCAUCGUCAUCAUCUCAUGAAGCGAUGUCGGCCCAAUUAAUUUCAUGCAAAGCGGAGAAUGAGCAACUAAACAGCAAAGUUAUUGAGCUGGAUGAGAAAAUUGCAGCUUGUGAGGCUGCCCUGAAGGACAAACAGAUUGAAAAUGACCACCUCGCCGAGCAGAAUGAAGCCCUCGUAGAUAAACUGCAAGAAUUGGAGAGUGAAUUUGCACUCGUCAAGGAUAAAAUGCAACAACAAAUUAAUCAACCCCGGAUUGUUAACGCGAGCACGAUCGAUGAUGAUGAGCUUGAGAGAGGGGCGCACAUUGCCUUCGGACUGGAUGAGUUUGAUUCUUAUAGGCAAUUGGAAUUGGAGACUAAGUUGAACGAGGCGACCAACAAAAUUCAUCAGAUGGAAGAUGUCAUGAGUCGUCUACAAAAAAGGUUAAGCAAGUCGAAAGUCACCAUCGACAAUGUGAACAAAGAUGUAGCAAGUUUACAAAAUGAAAAGAAAACCCUGCAAGAUAAAUUGAUGGAAUGUGCGAAAGUAUUAGUGGAUUUUGGUAAACGCAACGUGAUAUUGUCCAGUGAAGUUGAGAAAUUGCGAGAGGAACAAGACGACAAAACAAGGAUGGACCAGUCAAACGUUUUGGCGUUGGAUUCUCUCAUGCAGGAGCGAUUUGGCAACGUACGAGAUUUGGUUACAAUGCUGCAAGGAAGAAUGAAAGAAGUUGUUGCCUUUGUGGAUGCCCUAUUUAAAUUGGAGUCUAGAAAUGUAUUCACAAUUAUCGGUCUGCAAGAAGAUAACCGAGAAAGGCUCCGCGUAUCUUUAGAGCAGUGUCGUCAUCUAAGUCAUAACUUGGAUGAGUUAUUUCAGUUUACGGAUAGUUCCGUUAUGGCAGAUAGAAGAUUACGACUUGCCGGACUAAAUGUGUCCAAUAAUAACGACAGUGUGUCGUACAAUAGUCAUCUAUACGAUCGAAGAGACGCUGGAGAUUUAGAUUCGCCUAGUCGUCAAAAGAGAUUUGCAUUCAAAGAAGUUCAGUGCACUCUGCUGUCAGAUGGAAAUUCUUCAGACCGAUCGCUGCAAAAACUACAACGAGAUCUCAUAAAAUCUGAAAACAAACGACGAGAGCUUCUCAGCGAUCAGACCAAUUUACGAUCUCAACUAGACUCAUUACAAACGAACUUAAGAUCUGCUUAUGAUAAAAUCGAAGACUUGGAGAAAGUUAACAGAACACUUUCUUCUCAACCAAACACAGCAUUAGAAAUGGAGAACAAGUCACUCGCAGAACGGCUUUCAAUCACAGACUCCGCCUUGCGAAAAAUGCACUAUGAGCAUGCAAAUCUUGUGGCGAAGCUAAAACAGUUGGAAAGUAUGCACACCUCUUUAAGUCAGGACAAGCUCAUUAGUAGUUACAUGGAAGCAGAAAGGCCAUCAGACACAACAAGCCCAGAUCUUGGAAUUGACUCUGGUCACGACGCAGCUAAUUCAGACGACAGUCACAGCAUGAAUUUUAAAUUGGAGAACCGAGAAUUGAAGAAAACUAACAAAGAGUUGGCAAUGAAGUUACGCCAUACCAGACAGAUGUUGUCAAAUACGCUUGAAAAAUUACACUCAACUGCCAAACAGAAGGAAGAAGUUCAAAAGGCAAUUUGUCGGCAGCUCCACAAAACCCACACGAUAUUACGUCAAGCAAAGAAAAGUGUGGAACAAUUUACCACAAACCAAGAAAAUUUAGUGCCUUCUUCUUAAACGGACCAAGAAUUUGAACUUAACAAUCUAUUUACAUACACUCUGCAAUAUCUACCAAAAUAAGUACAUAUAAUUAUGUUCACAUUCUAUUUUAAACAUUUUAAACCGAAAGUAUUUGACGCGUUACUUUCCUUUUAGCUGUAAUAAUUAAGUAAAUGUCCAACUAUGACUAACGAACUUAUUUUAGCAAAAGCCAUAUAUGAUUAUAACGCGUCCACAAAGUGUAUCUCUAGAUGUCUUCUAAUUACAUGUAUCUAUUUAUUAAUUAACGAUAAUUAGUGUGCACCAACCACAAAGCAACUUUUAUUCUUACAUUUAGAAAAGCGACAAAUAAAUUGCAUCAAAAUAAAUAAAUUUUAUGAAACCUA